AUGCGGGUGGGAGAAAUCCUAUAUAAAAAAAAACAAACGAUUGCUUCAAUCAUUCACACUAAAAAUGGCAUCAUCAUCAUCAUCUCACCACCACCCUCUCCCACCUUCCUUCUCCUCCACCGCCGCGCCCCUCCCACCCCCUCCUCCUCCUCCGACCUCCCCUCCUCCACCUCCUCCGACCUCCUCUCCAAUCUCCUCCACCGCCUCCCCCCCUCCCUCUCCCUCCCCACCACCCGCCGCCCCUCCCCACUCCCCACCACCACCACCCCUCCCUCCAUCCCCCUCUCCGCCCUCACCCCCUCCAAUCUCCUCCACGCCUCCACCGAAUUCGGCUUCUUCCACCUCACCCACCACCCCAUCCCCUCGGAUCUCCCCCUCUCCGCCGAAUCAACCGCCCUCUCCCUCCUCUCCCUCCCCCGCCCCCAAAAGCAGCUCCUCUUCCCCUCCAAUUGGCCGUUCGGCCACGAAAUCGACGACGACGAGGACGGCGAAGAAUCUCUCUGCCUCGACCCCUCCCUCUCCGACUUCCGCGACUUCGCCGCGGAAAUGGAGAGGCUGGGACUGAAGGUUCUCGAAGAGCUGGCUUCCGCGGUCGGGUUCGAUAACCCGACCCGGAAUCAGCUCUCCUUGCUCCUAUGGAUAUCCGAUGCAGCGAGGAAACCGGGUCGGGUUUACCCGUAUGCGGUCGGGCUGCAUUACCAGAUUAGGACCCGGAAACAGACUCUGCUGACGGAUUCGGGUCGGGUCACGGUUUCCGGGCUGGCGGAUUCUGUUUUAGUCACUGUUGGUGACAUUGCUCAGGUUUGGAGCAAUGGAAAGCUAAAGAAAGUGAGAGGAAGGCCUUUCCCUUGUUCAUUUGAUGAUUUUGAUCCGUGCAUAAACAUGUCUUUGCUUAUCACCCUUCCCGCAGAGAGUGUUGUUCGCCCCCUCCUUCCCAACUUGAUCAGUGACGACGAUGACAACAAUGAAGGUGAUGCCAAUAACAAGAAGGAAGGAGAGAAAAGAUUGUUCAACUCAUUUAGUUUGGAAGAUUAUGCAUGGAGAAUUUAUCACCAGCCUCUCCUAUUCAAAGACCCCCUUCUUAGAUAUCGCACUCGAUCCUCAUCGAGGGUCUUUUGAGCUUGCCUCUAGUUCGAUUUUGCAAAUGAUAUACUCCUAUCACUUUAAUCUCGUGGGUUAUUUUUCUCGAUUUUGAAAUUGGUAAGACUUUUAAAAUUUUAUUCUUUGAAUUUUGAUGUACAAAUCGUUUGAAUGCAA